AUGGAUCAAUCCAUCGUUCUUAAUCUGAUGCAGCUGGGUGCUCCGAAGGUCCUUUUGCUUCGGUGGGUGACAUCUCUGACGUUCCAGCCACGGUUCCAACUUUUCGACCUAUUCUGUGGGGAAGGCAAUAUGGGCAAGACCUGGUGGCCCGUCUUCAAAUGCAAUUUCUGGAUGAUGCUACAUGGUGCCCCGAUCUACACGGUCGAGUUUGCCAAGAACAUGCUUUCGGCAUACAAUGAGUGGAUUCCCGACAGCUGGCUGGAGGCGAUGACACAGUUCCACGACGAGGUCCGGUGCAAUGUGUCCUGGGUGCAUCCAAUCUGA